AUGAAGUGCUCUUGGGAAGGGGAGCAGCCGUUAGAUGUUACAUCUGUAAAUUCGGUGGAGGUACCUGGCCAGGACGAUAACCACAGUGCCAGGGAUAUCCAGACCCUUCUUUCAAAGAGUUCUUCUAUUGACCCACCUGCCCCUAAGAAGCCCAAGGUGAAGUGGCUGGCCGCAAAGGAUGAGAGGUGGGUAGAGUUUGAUGUGAGUGUUAGUAAGAGAGUGAGACAGGAGCAGAAGGGGAAGCCAUUCCAGGAGAAGAUGGUGAGCCAUUGCGACACGGUGUAUGAUGAAGGUGUGGAAUGGUUUGGGCUCGUGAUUGAUGGUGCAGAGUCAGGUAAAGGUCUCAGAGGCCUGGCAGAGAAGCUGUGUAAGUUGAGAAGAGCAGAGGCAAGGAGGAAGAAGCAGAGAGAAGUGAGGAGACAGAGAGGUGGGUUUACUCGAGAUCCUUUCAAGGCUAUUAAAGGUAUUCUUGAACCAAGCCCUGUGGGAGAGUUAAAGUGUAGUAAGGAGGAGUUAGACAACCACCUGUCUAAUACGUAUAGUGAUGCCAGUCGGGCAGUUCCUCUUGGCGUUCUGAAUGAGUUACCUGAGGCAGCUCCUAGCCCAACUGUGGGGUUUGACAUCAGGAAUAUAACCAAGAAGGAGUUCGACGAGGUUGUUAAGAAAGCCAGAGGUAAGAGUUCACCUGGUAACAACGGCAUCCCGUAUACGGUGUACAAGAGGUGUCCAGGAAUAUCUCAGAACUUGUGGCAUGUGCUGAGAGGAGGCUACAAGGCUGAGGAGUACCCAGACAACUGUAGGUACUUUGAAGGGAUCUACAUUCCUAAGGCGGAUGGAGAUUUUGGAUCCAGCACAGGACGGCCUAUAUCGCUAGGAAACAUUCAGGGGAAGAUAUACCUCGCUGUGUUGGUGAAGAGAUUAACCAACUUUGUUGUCGCUAACGGGUAUGUGGAUCUCUCAGUGCAGAAGGGCGGAGUUCCUGGUGUACACGGAUGUACAGAGCACUUUGGAGCUAUGUGGGAGGUGCUCAAAGAUGCUCGAGUUAAGAGAAAGGAUCUCAGUGUUGUCUGGUUAGACUUGGUGAAUGCUUACGGGGCUGUUCCACAUUUACUUAUUGUGAAAGCACUCCGCUUCUAUCAUAUCCCCGAGAAAGUUAUCAACAUCGUAAUCAAAUACUUCUCGGAAAUUUACGGAAGAUUCUCCUCUAAAACAGUGACAUCAGAGUGGCAGCAGUUCGAGAUAGGAAUAUUUAUGGGCUGUGUCAUCUCGGUGAUCUUGUUUGUGCUAUGCAUGAACCUUUCUGAUGAGUACUUGAAGAUGAAGGUACAUAGGAGUGUCGAGUACAUUAAGGAUGGAACAGCUAUACCACCCCUUAAGCUGUUUAUGGAUGAUAGCUGCCUUACCACGGCUAAAAUGGUAGAUAUGCAAACCCUGCUUGAUGUUUAUCAGGAGUUCGUUGUGUGGUCAAGGUUCAAGCUUAAGUCGUCUAAAUCUAGGGCACUAGUCUACCAGAAGGGAGUGACAAUGGAGUGGGUUGUAGAGAGUUCAAAAGGUAGUCAGGCGAGGUUGCAGCUUAGCGGGGAGGUGAUCCCGAAUGUAUCUGAGAAACCAAUCAAGUUUCUAGGGAGGUGGAUUCGGGCAGAAGGAAAGGACAAAGCUAUAAUCGAGAAAACACACGAGGAUCUUAUUACAUACCUCAGUAGACUCGAUCUUAGCUCCCUCACCGGCCUGCAGACAUGUUGGGGGUAUCAGUAUAUGGUCCUUCCAAAGAUGAAGUGGCCACUUGCCAUUUAUGAUAUCCCGAUCAGCACUGUUUCUCGCUGGGAGCAAACAACUAACAGUCAUCUCAGAAAAUGGCUAGGAGUGGGACACACGCUUAGUAGCUCUUGCCUGUUUAGUCAUUCAUCCAGUGUUGCUCUCCCCAUCGACAGCCUAACCGACACUUGGAAAGUAGAAAAGUGCCGUCUCUUGCAGUCAUAUCAAACAUCUCAGGAUGCUUUGAUCAGAGCGGUGCAACCCCAGGUGCGGUCUGGGAGAGUUUGGAAGGCAGAUGCUCAGCUUCACGAAGCUGAAAGAGACUUGGUGUGUGAGUCAGUGCGAGGUAUGGUGCAACCUCUUAGUAGAGCUGGAAUUGGUUUCGGUGAUUGGAAGAAGCCCUGGGAGAAGAUGUCAGAAAAGGAGCAGCAGAGGGAGGUGUUGGAUAGGGUUAAGGAGAACAUCAGGAAGAAAAGAGAGGUGCAGUUGGGUACGUUGGAGAUGCAGUCCAGGUGGGGUAAUUGGAGAGAGCUGGUGACAAGGACUGACAUGAGCUGGCACACGCUCUUCAAGUAUGGGGACUCAUUAAUCGGUUUUCUGCUUAGUGCUGUGUAUGGCACGCUUGUUACACCUGCUUUAGCAUCCAAGUGGAGCGAGGAUGAGGAUGGGAUGUGCAAGCUGUGUGGUGACAAGUUGGGAACUGUGCCGCAUAUCCUGGCUGGUUGUCCUGUGGCACGAAGUCAAGGGUGA